UCCAUAGCCCGCCAUCUCUUCUCUCUUCCGAAUCCCCGCGUUCACUUCUUUCUUCUUAGUUCUGUUCUUGCCAAAUUAAGACACACCAAAACCACAUUACACUACAGAGAGAGAGGAGACCCUAAGUUCCGAUUCCAAUCACAAUUUUAUCAUAAUCACAAAACAAAAAGAAAAGUUGAGAGCAAUGGACGAGCCUCACGCUCAGAGUUUGGGGCCCAGAGAUCGCAGAACCGACGCUCUCGGAGACCUUUCAGUCCUUCCCGACGAAACCGUCUGCGUUAUUUUGGAAUACCUCACUCCUCGCGACGUUGCUCGAUUCGCUUGCGUCAGCAGUGUGAUGUACAUACUAUGCAAUGAAGAACCACUGUGGAUGAGUCUGUGCCUUAAAAGUCUAAAUGGUCCUCUUCAGUACAAAGGCUCAUGGAAGAAAACAGCUCUGUAUGUGGAGCAUCUGCCCAGUGAAUAUGAAGAACCUUGCAGAAAACCACUGUAUUUUGAUGGAUUCAACUCUUUAUUCUUGUACAGAAGAUUAUACAGGAGCAAUACCACAUUGAAUGGAUUUUCUUUUGAUAAGGGUACCGUGGAAAGAAAGGAGGACCUUUCUUUAGAAGAGUUUUAUCAUCAGUACGAAGGGAAGAAACCGGUUUUGGUUACUGGACUGGUGGAUACUUGGCCAGCAAGGCAUGCAUGGACAACUGACCAGUUAUUGCUGAACUAUGGAGAUACAGCAUUCAGGAUUUCUCAAAAGAGUGCACAGAAAAUCUUGAUGAAAUUCAAAGACUAUGUCUCAUACAUGAAACUUCAGCAUGAUGAGGAUCCCCUAUAUAUUUUUGAUGACAAGUUUGGGGAAGUUGCACCUGGUUUGUUGAAGGAUUACAGUGUGCCUCAUCUAUUUCGAGAAGACUUUUUUGAUGUCUUAGAUAGAGAUGAGAGGCCACCAUUUAGAUGGCUUAUUAUUGGGCCAGAGAGGUCUGGUGCCUCUUGGCAUAUCGAUCCAGCUCUUACAAGUGCCUGGAAUACCCUUCUGUGUGGUCGUAAAAGGUGGGCGUUGUAUCCUCCAGGAAGAGUACCCUUGGGAGUCACAGUACAUGUAAAUGAUGAAGAUGGUGAUGUUAAUGUCGAGACUCCAUCAUCACUGCAGUGGUGGCUAGAUUUCUAUCCGCUACUUGCUGAUGAAGACAAGCCAAUUGAGUGUACCCAACUACCUGGGGAGACCAUUUUUGUUCCAAGUGGAUGGUGGCAUUGUGUCCUAAAUCUGGAAACCACCAUUGCUGUGACACAGAACUUUGUGAAUUCCAAAAACUUCGAAUUUGUAUGUUUGGAUAUGGCUCCUGGUUAUCAACAUAAAGGAGUUUGCCGUGCUGGACUGCUUGCUUUUGGUGAAGGUAGUUUUGAGGAUGCUGACAAGAAUAUAUUCUCUGGUGAAGAUGAUUAUAGUUGCUCAGAACUGACUAGGAAAGAGAAGAGGGUCAGAAUUCAGAAAGCUAGAGAUGACCCUAAUUUUGAAGGGACUAUCACCUCUGCCUCUAAAAGAUAUAAUAUGUGGAAACAAGGUUUCUCAUAUGAUAUAAAUUUCUUAGCCAUGUUUUUGGAUAAAGAGAGAGAUCACUACAAUUCUCCUUGGAGCUUAGGCAACUGCAUGGGACAACGAGAAAUGAGAGAAUGGUUAUCCAGGCUUUGGGUUGGAAAACCAGGAAUGAGAGAGCUAAUAUGGAAGGGAGCAUGUCUUGCACUAAAUGCGGACAAAUGGUUAGAACGCCUGACAGAAAUUUGUGCUUUCCACGAUUUGCCUUCUCCCACAGAUGAUGAUAGGCUCCCUGUUGGCACUGGUAGCAAUCCAGUUUAUCUUAUGGAAAACCACGUAAUUAAAAUAUUUGUUGAAGGAGGGUUGGAAGACUCACUUUAUGGUAUUGGCACUGAGUUGGAGUUUUACAAUCUACUACAUAAAGUCAACUCCCCUCUGAAGAAUCAUAUUCCUGAAGUUUUGGCAAGUGGGAUUCUUUAUCUGGAAAAUGGGUCUUAUACAGUUGUUCCUUGGGAUGGCAAAGGAAUUCCUGAUGUGAUUGCUACGAGCAAUCUGGUUCCAGAAAGGUGCAAAGUAGAUGGAUAUCCCUUUGGCGUAUGGAACAAGAAACAAAUUGAAUAUAGAAAAGCUGGGAUGUCAAUACAUGAAUCAAGUAGUUCAGCAAGAUGCGCUGGGAUAUGGCCAUAUAUUGUAACAAAAAGAUGCAAGGGGAAGAUAUUUGCUCAAUUAAGAGAUGGACUGUCAUGGGAAGAGACACUAAGCUUAGCUUCCUUUCUGGGGGAGAAGCUCCAUAACCUUCAUCUCUUGCCUCUUCCACCUCUCGAUUAUUCAAUUUUUUCGGAUUUUGAACAGCAUUUGGAAUUGACCCAUAGUAACUGUCAUAUGGAGGCUGUUCCUAAUAAUUCAAACAUUCAAGUAGAAUGGGAAAUUUUCAUCAAAACUUUAAUGAAGAAGAGGAAGGGUGUAACCAGCCGUCUGUCUAAAUGGGGAGAUCCGAUUCCUAACACACUGAUAGAGAAAGUUGAUGAAUACAUCCCAGAUGAUUUUGCCAACUUGCUUAAUAUAUUUGAGGGUGAAAAUAACCUAAAGAAAGUUUGGAAACCUUGCUCUUGGAUACACACGGAUAUUAUGGAUGACAAUAUUCACAUGGAAUCAAGCUCGGUUACUUUGUGCUUGAGUGAAAAUGCUGAAUAUGCUGGCCUGGUGGAUGAUGCUUCUAAUGGCCAUGAUGAUGUUUUGAAGGGAAAAUCAUGGUGUCCUAGCUACAUUCUUGAUUUCAGUGAUCUUUCAAUAGGCGAUCCAAUUUUGGACUUGAUCCCCAUAUAUUUAGAUAUAUUUAGAGGUGAUCCAAAUCUCCUUACGCACUUUCUGAAGAGCUAUAAACUUCCUUUCAGAAGAAUGUCAGUGUGUGAAUCAGUGGAGGGUGGUGAUAAAUUUGGACGACUUUCAUACCUUACCAUGUGCUAUUGUAUUCUGCACGAUGAGAAUAUUUUGGGAGCAAUCUUUGGUAUAUGGAAAGAACUCAGAACGGCCAAGUCAUGGGAAGAAGUUGAACUGACAGUAUGGGGAGAGUUAAAUAACUACAGAGGCUUUCCCUGAUAAAUUGUCUUGCCUGCUUAUCUCUCUUAUUCAGAGUUCAACACUAUUUUUUGAGGAAUCAUUUGUUGCCACUGUGUUAUAUAUUAUAGCAUAGAUCUCAUCUCAUCCUUUUUUUUUUUCUUUAAAAAAUAAAAAUAUAUGCAUAACAAACACAAAAAGACUGGUAAUAUUUUGUAAUAAUUUAUUUAUUAUAUUUGUAUUUGUAGAGUUGUUAAAUUUAUUUUAUACUACACCCAUAAUUGUUUUAAGGGAAAAUGAAGAGAACAUUUAAAUUUUUUUGUAACCUCAUGAGGAUGAUGAAAUGCUCUACGCAAUUGCAUGCA